AUGCCGGACAGUCCAACUAUUUCGGACACCGGCACUACUGGGAAUGAGAAACUUAGCAGCGAGCCCAAGGGUGCCACCGGACAUCAUCUCGAGAAAGGCCGGUCCGCAGACGACCAUGUCGACCUCAAUGCCAACCUGGAAGCUAGGAUCAAAAACCCCCUUGAGGGCAUCCCACGAGACCAGCUAAUGCGGCGGGUAGAGGCCUUUUGCGAAGAAAAAGGACUGGCUCAACAUGUCCAGCUUUUCCGCAAAGGUGCUCUCGUCGCCCAGAACCCGGACGACUACGACAGAAUCGAAGGAACCGAGGCCCUCGACGAGGCAGAGAAAAAGGUCUUGCGGGACGAGGUCGAGCACAAGUGGCGCCUCCCUGCCAAGCUCUUCCUGACUAUUGCGACUUGCUCGAUCGGUGCCGCUGUUCAGGGGUGGGAUCAGACCGGCACGAAUGGAGCGAACAUCUUCUUCCCGGAUAUCUACGGAAUUGGUGGCACAUCAACCCGGGACAAGCUUCUUCUCGGGCUGGUCAAUGCCGGUCCGUAUCUUGGGAGUGCACUGUGUGGGUGCUGGUUGUCUGAUCCGAUCAACAACCUGUGGGGCCGUCGUGGUGUCAUCUUCUUCAGCGCGCAUUUCUGUCUUUGGCCUGUGAUCGGUUCUGCUUUCUGCCACACGUGGUGGGAGCAGCUGAUUUGCCGUCUCUUCAUGGGUGUCGGUAUGGGCGUCAAGGCUUCGACUGUGCCUAUCUACGCAGCUGAGAACUCGCCGGCCUCGAUCCGUGGUGCUCUGGUCAUGUCCUGGCAAAUGUGGACGGCAUUCGGCAUCAUGUUGGGUACCGCAUUCAACUUGGCUGUGUGGAGCGCAGGAGACAUCAACUGGCGUCUGAUGCUCGGCGCCCCCUUUAUCCCCGCGGUCCCUCUCCUCGUGCUCAUCUACUUUUGCCCCGAGUCACCUCGUUGGUACAUGAAGAAGAACCGCUACGGCAAAGCCUGGGAUGCCAUGAUCAGACUGCGAAACCACCCGAUCCAGGUAGCCCGCGACAUCUUCUACAUCCACUCCCAGCUCGAACUCGAGGAGCAACUCCUUCGCAACUCGUGGUACUUUCAGCGCAUGGCUGAGCUCUUCACCAUUCCCCGCGUGCGCCGGGCCACCCUGGCCGCCUUCACCGUCAUGAUCGCCCAGCAAAUGUGCGGCAUCAACAUCAUUGCCUUUUACUCGACCACCAUCUUCAAGGACGCCGGGCAGGACGACUACCAGGCUCUGCUCGCGUCGUUUGGGUUCGGGCUGGUCAACUGGCUGUUUGCCUUCCCCGCCUUUUGGACGAUUGACACCUUUGGCCGGAGAUCACUCCUGCUGUUCACCUUCCCGCAGAUGACGUGGACCCUGCUGGCGGCCGGCCUCUGCACGCUGCUGGAGCAGGGAACCGCCCGGACCGCCCUCGUGGCGCUGUUUGUCUACCUCUUUGCCGCGUUUUACUCACCCGGCGAGGGCCCGGUGCCGUUCACCUACAGCGCCGAGGUGUUCCCCCUCUCGCACAGAGAAGUAGGCAUGGGGUUCUCGGUCGCGACGUGUCUCUUUUGGGCGGCGGUGCUGGGCAUGACGUUCCCGUUCUUGCUCGAGUCGCUGGGGACGGUGGGUGCGUUUGGGUUGUAUGCCGGGUUUAAUGCCCUGGCGCUGGUGAUGAUUUUCUUUUGGGUGCCCGAGACGAAGCAGAAGACGCUAGAGGAGCUGGAUUAUGUGUUUGCGGUGCCGACGAGGGAGUUUGCGGGGUAUCAGGUGCGGCAUGUGCUGCCUUGGUGGUUCAAGAGGUGGGUUUUGUGGAGGAGGGAGGCGAAGCUGAGGCCGCUUUAUACGAUGGAUCAUCAUGAGGGGCGGGUUGGGGGGGAGGGGAGGCUGGGGAGUGGGAGGAAUACCUUGUCGGAGACGGAGGGGGAGGUCAAGGGUGGUGGGGUUGGGGGGAGACUGUGA